AUGGACGAAUACAAGCAGCUGCAGGAGGCAAAGAAGGUUUACAAGCGCCUGCUGGCUCAAAUGGAACGAACUGCGGCGUUUUCUCGUCAAAAAGGCAUCGAGAAGACAUUCGACCAGGCUAAGCAAUUUAUCGAGGCCGAAUUGUCGCUUAUUGGAAGCUCUUAUGAGGCAGAGCAGAUGAGCCAGUCGCUCAAAGGGCAGAGGUGGCAGCUCGGACGAAGGAAACAUCGCUUACUCACUCGUAGGGAACGCUAUGUUGCUCUUGCAGAACCACUCAGGAAGAGUCCUACUGAGGAAGGAUCCGCCCUUUCGGCUGAGGAUAGUGAAGCGUUGAGAAAGAUUGACGAAGAUUUAGAAAAGAUUGACCAUCAACAAAUGCUGUGCGAUGAGCUGAACAAGUUCCAAAGAGGUUGUGGUUCCAUUGAUGUGGACAGCAGAGCGGAGUCCAGAUGGAAGGAUCUUCUCACUCUCAGUUGUGCACGAGUCUACCUGAAAGCGUUAUUUGAACAAGUAUGA